UCUCUGACCAGGAAGUGCAGACUCGGAGCUGCUGGAUCAUGAGCAGCAGCACCUGUUUAACACUCACCUACAGGGACAACACACACCAGUAUUUCACGGAAAAGUAGACCCAUAAGCCAACGCUGGGACAUGGACAGCUGCACAGCGGAGAGACCGUGGGGGAAGCUGGUCAAAGUGGGCUCAAGUGAAACUAUCCUGCUCUUUAAUAGGGAAUGCACAGUCGGCAGAAAAAAAGGAUGUUGUCUGUCCUUUCCGGCCCAUAAACACGUCUCAGGGGAGCACUGCAAGAUUGUGAAAGAUGAAAACUCAGGACAGGUGUGGAUUGAGGACACAAGCACGAAUGGGACGGUGAUUAACAUGUCCAAACUGGUGAAGAGGCAAACCUACAUGCUGCAAAAUGGUGAUACCAUCUACUUUGUGUAUAGGAAAAGUGAGCCAGAACAAAACAUCGCCUACGUUUACCACUCUAUGAAAAUGGAGCAAGUGGUUUCACUGGACGCUUAUGACGUGGAGCAGUCGCCCCGUAGUCACUCACCUGUUCCAGCGUCAGAAAUGUCCCUCUCCGUGGAGCCGGUGAUGCUCACCAAGCCGCCUCGGGAUCCCACUCAGGACGAACCUCGGCCCUCCACGUCUGCUUUCCACUUCUGUAUAGAGAAGCCGUUCUCGUUCGUCUGGUCCCACGGGACUCCCGUAUUCAGCCCCCUGGGCCAAACUAAAGUUGUCGCCGCCACGCAGGAAAAAGACACAGACAACUCAGAGCCUGAAAACAAGAGGAGGAAAACUCAGGAUAAAGAAUACGAUGUGGGAGUUCCUCACACCUCCAGAGCCUGUUCCACUAACGCAGGCCUCAGUAAACCACCGGUGGAGGGAAUUAAGACGGAUAAGAUGGAGGAAACGCUGACAUGUGUGAUCUGCCAGGACCUCCUGCAUGACUGUAUCAGUUUGCAGCCGUGCAUGCACGUCUUUUGUGCCGCCUGCUACUCUGGUUGGAUGGAGCGCUCGUCUCUUUGCCCGACCUGCCGCUGUCCUGUGGAGAGGAUUUGUAAAAACCACAUCCUCAAUAACCUGGUGGAGGCGUAUCUCAUCCAGCACCCAGAAAAGUGUCGAAGUGAGGAGGACGUCAAGAGUAUGGACAGUCGGAACAAGAUAACUCAGGACAUGUUGCAGCCGAAAAUAGAGCGCUCUUUCUCUGAUGAGGAAGGCAGCUCGGAUUACCUCUUUGAGUUCUCCGACAACGACAGCGACUCCUCGGACGUUAGCCAGCCUCUGGUGAUGUGCAGACAGUGCCCCGGCUACAGGAGGGACGUGGGUCAAGUGCUGUUUGCUACGAGUUCCAACUACUGGUUCCCUGCUCUCCCGGCCGUCCCACCUGUUCCUCCUCCACUCAGACCUGCAAGUGAGGAGGCGGAAACAAAGAGCUCAGCAGAGCAGCCGUCAACGUCCUCCGAUCAGCCCUCAGCCCCUCCCGUCUACAGCUGCCCCCCCCAGGGCUGCCAUCUCAUCUGCACCUGCUGCCUGCAGCCCAUGCCAGACCGGCGCGCCGAGCGAAACCACCAGCAGGUUAUUGCUCAACAAUGUGUGCUGUGCCAGCGACCGUUCUGUCACAUGUACUGGGGCUGCCAGAGGAUCGGCUGUCAGGGCUGUCUGGCUCCGUUCACUGAGCUCAGUCUGACUGACACUUGCCUUGAUAAUGCGCUGAACAACAAUCACUACGAAUCAGGAGUCCUCAAAUACUACCUGAGCUCCAAGGGGAAGACGUGGAAGGAUCUGCUCCAGGAGUCUCUGCCCGGCUCGGAACAGGGAACCUGCUCUGCUCCAGAUAGUCGCAUCUUUGCCAACACUGUCAUGUGUUUGUGCUGCGGUCUGAGAACCUUCAAGGAGCUGGCGUACAAAUACAGACUGAACAUCCCUUCGUCUGAACUGCCAGCUGAUGUCACAUCUCGCCCCGACUGUUACUGGGGACGUAACUGUCGCACUCAGGUGAAGGCACACCAUGCAAUAAAAUUCAACCACAUAUGUGAACAGACACGUUUCAAGAACUGAUGGAGCAGGAUGUUUUUCUUUUCCACACGUCAAAUCUCAACAACUGGGCGUCUCAUGUUCAGUUAUUGAUCUUUUUGUACAUGGGAAAUACAAUCUUAAGGUUUUUUUUUUGUUUACAUUGAGGCUAAUUGCCUUUAUGCAAUAACCCAGUGCACAAAGUACAAUCAUUAUCCAUGUACAUCAGCAACAAGUAGCCAUAUGGAAUAAUGGUUUAUACAUUCACAAUGAAUGGGGAGGAAAAAAGGGGGAAAUUUAGUGAUCUUGGUGACAUAGAGUAACAGCAAUUUGCCAUUUAAACCAUGUGCUUGUUGUUGAUGCUUUUAUGUUCGUUGAUCAAGAGCAGUUAUGUGAUAUGCUGAUUAGAAAGUGCUUCCUUAUGUCUGUCUUCCAGGUAGCAGAAAAAAUGUAUUCUUCUUUAGAUUAACUGUAAUGCAAUCAAUGUCUGCGUGGAUUAAGGCCAUAAAUAUGUUUGCUUACACGUGCUGAGUAUAUAUCUUUAGUAUUCCUCCCUCCUUCACGAGGCUUAAAAGACCUGCUAUGUACGGUGGCCGAGACCCGCCAUUGCUGGAAAUAAAAGUAACGCUGCAAACGGAAACAAACGCCGCUGCAAAUAAAAUA